UCUCAUUUGGAAGGAUGCGUACUCCGGAGGUCGCGUUUCUCGGCCGCGUACGUCAUCCAGGCUGUCUCAUUUCAUAACAGCGAGUAGGACACUUCGAAUGCGACCUUCUUUCACGGGAAUUCGGAGGAUGCAUGAGGUGUAUGCUUCGUGGGCACUCACAACCCACAAUUCUUUGCUUCAACGGAAAUGUCAAAAUAAAAAUAAAAAAUAACGCCAAUUUGCCCGUAAAUAUGAUGCACAAACGCAAGUAAUGUUAAUUCUCAAGUUGAAGUACCUCAUUAGAUGAGUGCAGAGUAUAUAAUAUCUAUUAUUAUAUUAAUAUAUAAUUAAAAUAAAGUAUUAGACUAAAAGUGCUCUAUUUUCUUUUCUCUUUACAUCUUUAUAACUCUCCUAAAACUGACCUCAUACAUUCCCUUCUAAAGGGACAUUGUUCCCUUCUCACUCAAAGCGCUCGUGCUUGUUAAAGACUGGCGUGCUGUCAUAGCAACCAUGUUACGUCUCGUUUCCGUUUGUCCUACGGCGGCCGUCUCGUUUAAACGAGAUUUGUUUAAAGAAGGACGCUCGGUAUACUGCAGCCUUCAAAGGACGCGUCCUACCUAGCACGCACUUCGAAACGAGACACAGCCAUAGUGUGUGGGAGGGAGAUACUGAACAAAAAUCAGAAAGGAGCUUACGCUCCAUUUCUUUCAAAUAACUAUUAAUAUAUCUAGUGACGGCGUGAGCCGUCAGGAGGAUAUUGUUUUUGCAUUUUGAAACAAUUAAAGUGUGUUUCAGAGAAGCACAGAACAUGGACAAACAGUCAGACACAGAUUCUAACAGUGAAUCUGGAUCAGAGUGGGAAGCAGAGAGUAUGGAGAGCAGCUUCGGAUCUGACUGGCUAGGCGAGAAUUGCAAAAGAAAGAAAGCACAACGAGGGCAAAAAAGGAAGAUGAAAACACAAAGCUGCAAAGAGACAGGUCCAUCUUCCUUCUGUACAACAAACAAAAAGAGACAAACCAAAGACUCCAGCCAGUCUGUUGGACAGACAAUUAAAGACAAAUCUCAACUUCCUGUUACAUGUGGGGAUAAAGAGGGUGUCCUAUACUUGGAUAAAUUUGAUAACGCGGAGAAGUGCAUCUUAAGUGAAGAGCAGUGGUUCAAGCCUACAGAGUUUGAGAAGUUUGGAGGAAAGGGAAGGAACAAAAAGUGGAAGAGCAGCAUCCUUUACAAUGGUAUUCCAAUACAGAAACUCAUAGAGGGUAGAUCUCUCUUAUCCCCAACCUUUAGGAAAAGUAGGGUUCAGGAUGGACAGAGUAACUCUCCUGAAUCCUCAGUUGUCACUGGCAGGCUCAGAAGAAGAGAGUGCAGGACAGAAUUGUUCCCCUCCAACAGGUCAGAUGACGAAAGCUCUGAAUCAGAUGAGAGGGACAAAGUUCACUAUGAAGAUGACAGCAACAGUGAUGAUGACGAUGAUGAUAAUGAUGUAGAUGAUGAUGAUGAUGAUGAUGAUGUAACUGACAUGACCAUGUUUGAAGGUCCCACCCUACCUGUUAAAUGUGGUUCCAACUCUGGCAUUCUUCACAAGUAUCGUUUUGCCUCAGGGCAUUGUGGGAAAUGCAUAAGGACUGAAGACCUCUGGCUGACCCCUGAGGAUUUCAUCAGAUUGAAAAAACCAGAAGGAACAUGGAGGAAAGAUAUUGUGUCCCAUGAAGUACCCCUUGGACAACUUAUAAUGAAAAGAGUUCUGAUACUACAUAUAAUCAACUGCGAUUGUGACAUCUGUGAAAAUCUGGAUCAGUAUGCGAAUGAUGAUGUGUGCUACAUGUGUAACUCUGAGGAAGAUCUUGUGUGCUGUGAUGAGUGCCCAAGAGCUUUUCAUCCAGACUGUCACUUACCCACUGUAGACGACAAUUCACCUGGAAGCCAAUGGAGCUGUACAUUUUGUGUGAUGAAGAAUAUGGAAGUCUCCAGUCAAAAGACUCAACAGGAUUUUUUGAGCAGUCCAAUUUCUCAUUACAGACUGUACUGCCAGUAUUUGCUGUUAUACCUGCUGCAUGAGAGCACAACUGACCCCUUCACUGACGUUCCAGGAUUCAGUGAGGACAUUUCUGGCCCACUGAUGCUGGGCAGAGCAAAGCUAAAGUUAAAGAACAAUGAUUACCAGACAGUGGGUGACUUUGUUACAGAUAUUGAAGAUGUGUUCCAACAUUGCAUCUCCAACAGGGAUAAUGACUUCUGUAGAAUGACCCAUAGGCUGAAGGAACUAUUUACGAGGGAGUUUAAAAGCAUCUUUAAGAUCUUAUAAUAUCAUGUCUUAAGCAAGAUUUUCUUUUGUUAAACCUGAUGGUAACUUUUUAGUCUAUUUAACAGUAACAACAGAAAAAGAAAUAAGGAAUGUUUACAAAAAAUUGUGUGAGAGGGUGGAGGUGUGAUCAUUUGUUAUAACUGUAAUUAGUGUCAAAUAUGUGCCUUAUGAACAGUGUUGAGUAAGUUACUCUAAAAAAGUAAUUAAUUACUAACUACUAAUUGCAUCUUCUACUGUGUAAUUAGAUUACUGUACUAAUUACUCUUUCUGCAAAGUAACUACAUUACUUGUUACUAAUUACUUUCUAAAACCCUUAUCAACCUCGACCAGAUGAAAAAUACAAGGAUAGACAUGAAAUUGUUCUUUUAAUUCUUUCAAAUAAAUAAUAUAAAAUCAAAUAAAUUAUUCAUGAACUGGCCAAAGAAUUUAAGGGGGCUGCAAUUUAUUAGAAAACAUACAUUUUAAGUUGUCACAUUUUAAUUUUUUGUGUUUUAAAUGUAAAUGUAUUAAUUAUAAUAUUUGUUGGCCAAAACAAUGGUUUCAUAUUUUGAAAUAACAGUGAUAAUGUUCAGUAGCUUUUUGUAGAAGACUUUAAUGUAUGUGCAUAUAGAUGAAAUUACUCUGACGUCACUCCUCAGGAAACUACGCUUCUGGGUUCUUUCGAGCAGCAGAUUUCAAUGGUGGAAAUAAGCAGCGCUGCAGUUUUAAUAAUCUUUUAACCCCUUAAUGACGGGUGGGUCAGAAAUGACCCACUUGCGUAUUUUAUUUACAUUUAAUUUAUGUUUAAUGCAUGUUUAAACUGUGGAAUUGUAAACUAAUAUUGACAUCCAAUAUAUCAUUUGAAAGAUCUGGGUCUCAAGAUUUGAUAUUUUAAAGAGACUACAACAAUGAGAUUUUAUUAAACGUGUCAGGAGUGAAAAUCAAAACACGGAAGUUCUGACAUUUAUUGUCUUCCAGUCAAACACAGAUGAGCACAAUCCUCCAAACUUUGGUAUGCUUUUCAUUGCAAGAGUCCAAUAAAUUAAAUCCAUUAGA